GUAGCAAAACAUGCCCAGACUCGCUCAAAAUCUUGCUGAGCUGUUCAUUCAUAAGUUUAACGGGCAUUGGUAGAAGCAGUUUUAAAUGUACCUAUAUCUAUUUUGAUUGAUUUCUCGAUCGAUUUUGGGAUUUAAAUAUUUCUAAACAUGCAGCCGUUGAAGGGGAAUUCCCAUCCGCCAUCUUGAUGUCUCAGCGAAAUUGAAGCAAACGUAGUGAAAACGUUUUAGGGGUUCGCACUUUACCAGCGUCGGACUAGCUUUAAAAUCGGCAAGUUACAAAUCUUACAAUAUUUGUUUUUGAUUUGAAUUAAUUAUUGAUUAGGAAGACAUGUGAAGUGGCGUUACAUAAAUUUUAAAAGGAAUCAGAAAAGAUGCAGAAUUUAUGUGGCAUUCGUCUGGAGGGUCUAGACUUUAAUCUAGUCGAGGCAACGCUUGCAUCUAUAGAAACAAAGUCACUCACACCAAUUAUAAAAGAAGAACUGAAGCUAAAAAUACAGACACAGCGACUAGCUGCUGGGAAAACAGAACUACCCAAGCCCGUAUUUAAAGAGCCAGAGAAAUGCAAGCUCACCCCAGAAGAAGAGCAGAAGAGGGACCACCGUAGGGAGAGAAACAGAAUAGCCGCUGCCAAGUGUAGAAACAAAAGGAAAUCCGUCUCGGAAAAUCUAAAAACAUCACUUGCUGAAGAAGAAUUAAAGAAUUACACAUUAAAGCGCAAAAUAGAAGAACUGGAAAAAGAAAAACACAAAGUCCUUGAAAAAUUGAAAAUACAACAAGCAUUCACGGGUUAUCCCGCCGCAAACAGCCCAUCCCCACCAAAACAACUAACACCAGGUAAACAUUCACCAUCACCAUUACCGACACCAUCGCCUCCACCCCCAUCUCUACCUCUCACACGUGAAGCGUUUGCUACGUUUAUAGACAUGCCUUCCACUUCCUCAGGAAUCUUCAGACAAGAUAACUUCCCAGUUGUACCAAGACGAUAUUCAGAGGAUGUGCCAAGAAAUCUAGGCUCACUGAAUUACCAACCACGGCGUUUCUCUGCAGACAGUAAUUUCAGAAGUUGCAGUACACACCAACAGGUUGAAACAGCCAACAUGGCCGCCGCUCAAACAUUUGACAAUUUUGAUCAAACCAUAACUUGCUCAGAAAACCAGGCUAGUACUCUGCAAGGUUCAGAGAUUGAUUUUCUUAGUGACGAAGAAUUUUUCCGGUUUGAAAAUGAAACUAUACCAUUUGAACAGUACCAAAGUGUUAUGCAACCAAACCAGAGCUUGCCUCAUAAUGACUCUGGAAAUAUUAUCACAACAGAUGGGUUCAGGCGUGAUACCAAAGCAGAUCAAGUUAUAAACGAAAAUGAGGUAAAUGAGAAAAUAGGACUAGAAGAAUACCAUGCAUUUGAUAGAUACCUUGUACCACUGAUUCCUGUAUUUGAGGAUGAAGCGACGGUGCCAGAGUGUAACGAAGCUGAUAGGUUUGGUGUAACACCCGGUCCAACAUCUCCAACCUUCUACUGACUUUUUGUAGCCCUCGAAACAUGUCGUUUUUAGAUCUGGUCAUUUGAUGAUGUAAAUUCAUAUAUCAUAGUUGGUUAUUGGGUUUUACAUGUACUUUUGCAUUAUAUACCCUGUUCAGAUAUUUUAUAUGCCAUGUUCAUAUACAUUUUAAUAUAUCAUAAUAUGUUUCAUAGUUUAGAUAGGAUCAUAUAUUCAUUUUUUUCACCUAUUUCAUUUUCAUCUGUUUCUAAGUGUAUAUAACAUGCUAUGAAUUUGAACUGAUUGUUUUGAACAAACUUGAAAACGCUCCACUUUCAGAAUUUCUUGUAGAAAUUUAAUGUAUAGAGACAUACAAGUUUUCAUUGGCAUGAAACAUUAAUUUUGCAUAACAGGUUACAUAUACUUAAUUACAUUUUUUUUCAUUCAUAUUGUUGUUUUAAACUACGGUUGUCUUCAAGAUGUUUAAAUCAUUCCAUUUUAGGGCAUUAUCAGUAUUUAGGGCGUUUAUUUUUUCUAAUAAAUGUUUGCUUCUUAUAAGGGCGUGUUCUUCAAAGUAACGAGGUUUUUUUUUUAAGAGAUGUGUUCACUUUAAAGAGAAGAGGUGUAUUUACAAAGAUGAGGUGUGAAGUUAUUAAUAAAUUGUCAUUUUAGAAUAAGAAAUAAAUUCAUCAUUUCACAACAAUGCAUCAUUUUACCAUUAUCAUACCAAAUGUGUUCAAGAUCCUUACAUGCCAUACCUCACAAAAUGAUUUUUCGACUAGGAGUCUUUCUUUAGUCAGUAACAUACUAGUGCUAAGUCAAGGGAGUUGGCUGUCAAUAACAAAUGUGGUGCUACGAGUAUUUUAAGAUUUGGUGCAUUUCAUCGAUUUUACACAUUUUUGCUACAAGAAAGUUGUGUUUAAAACACAUUAAUAAACUUUUUUUGUAAAGAUGCUUGUAUAAACUUAUGUCUUAUAUAAACCGGUGUACAUCGAUGUAAUGUAUUUGUUUAUAUGUGUAUAUUGUUUGUUUGAUAAAAAUACCUAUACAUCCUAACUGGUUGGCACAUAAUUGGGCCUUUUAAGAUUUUUUUAAAGCCAGUUUUCAUGAUGUGUCUGUAAUAUACGUACACGUUGCUUCUAUGGGUAAAUGUUUUUUAAUAUUUUUAUGUUUGUAUUUUCUGUUUGUAUGUACAAACAUGUUUGUUAUUUGUUUAUUGAAUAAACUGUAAGUACAA